ACGGGACUCCAUCAUAGGGUGUUUUUGUUUUACAAUUCGAAUGUGGAUACAUGGAUGCAUACUCACACCCAUUCAAGCAUCAUUCGGUAGUGUACAGUGCGCAGUUGUACUUACUUGCGCUAAAUAUGGGUGGUGGUUUUUAUGUACGCAGUAUUAGUAUUAACAGUAAGCUCCAGUACUACCGGUAAAUUGCAGCAUCGGAAUUGUUGGAGAAGCAUUCCAGUAUGACGCGCGUUGCCGUUCACAACGAGGUGACGCGACAAAGCACGACUUCCGACGAUCCGCACACGGUGUAACGGUCUACUUUUCGCUGCCGGGAAUAUAUACCUGUACAUAAAACUUAGCUCGACCAUUCCGUAACUACCGCGACGUACUCCCUUCAUAAUAUUUAGUGAUUAUCAGCACAUUAUUGAAUCUGGUUGUCGCAUUGUCGGUUGGACGAAUUUACUAACUCUAAGGGCGAAAAGUGCUGCUUUUGCAAUAAAAAGAUAUGUGCAUACAAAAUAAUAAUAGAUUAUGCAGUAGAUAACAUGUUGUUAUUCUAAUUAGUGAUUUCAUUAACAUAGACUGCAAGAUUUUUAAUAAUUCUGUAAAAUAGGUAAAAUAAUUAAUAUGUAUUCUAAAUAAUAUAUAGUGCGAAUUUGUGUAUUAAUAAUAAUUUCAUUAUAUACUACAUAACAUAACAUUAUACAUACAAACACGAUUUUUGACAAACCUCAUUGUAUCAAAUACAAAAGAAAAAAAAACAACGUGUGUUUUGGUUAAUACAAAAAUAAUCUUCGAAUAGUGUGUGUGAAGAAAAACUAACUCUAAAUGAGAAUGGAAGACCCAAACCUCGCCGAACAGUAUGUGCAGGAAUUCGUGCUCGAUCACCUCGAGGACGGUUCAGCAACUGUUACAGCUAUCGGAGUGAAACGUGAAGAUCACAGUCCAGUGGCAGCCCCAAAACUUGCUUGGACAACUACAACAAUCACUCCUGAAGAAGAGGAUACAGCUAAUCCACCCGCUAUCAAGAUGCGAUCUUUUCCACAAAGCUGGCAUAUAGACGAUCGCCGAUUACAACCACUAUCUCCACCACCGGAAAUCUAUACGCACGGACCUAUGGCAGGGCAGGCCAUCCUUGUGAACACAUCGGUGCCUGGUGGAGUGCCAUCGACACCGCCUGAAACCCCACCUGUUAUUAGCUCCCCUAAUGGAAGUACUUGUGCCCAAACGUAUGCAACAAUUACAAGUGCUCCGUAUCCAACACAUCGUCCCCCCACCGUCAACGCUGGUCUUACUCAAGAAAUGAUGUGGCUACCUAAUUCCAUGCGUUCAGAUCCUCAGCCAUUGGACUUACGUCCGCUCGCUUGUCCCACUCAUGAGGAAGAGUGGGAGCGACAACGUGAAUACAUGCAUGCCUCAGCAGCUGUUGCCGCCGCCAAUCAUCAUCACGGACACUUGGUGGCACAAUCCCAACACCACUCCCAUCAUCAUCAUUUUCAAUCACUAGAGCACUUAGCACCCAUCAAUAUGCAUACGUCUUACCAUAGUGGAAUACCCAACGGCACUACAAGUCUUGGCAGUGGUGGCAAUGGCAGUCAGGCGCCAUCUAACGCACCAAUUACCACUUCAGUGGUUCACCUCAAUCGACCAAUGUCAGUUUGCUCAACUCGAUCAUCCACAAAUUCACCGCGCACCUGCUCCAGACAAUAUAGUACUUCCAGUAAUUUAGGUCUUGAUGACUGUAUCAGUGAUGAUUUGCUAACGACUUUGAGCGUACGUGAAUUAAAUAAACGCUUGCAUGGAUGCCCCCGUGAAGAAGUGGUGCGGCUCAAGGCUAAACGUCGGACGCUGAAAAAUCGUGGCUACGCGCAAAGCUGUCGCUCAAAACGACUACAACAACGACAUGAGUUAGAGAAAACCAAUCGUCAGUUACAUCAAGAUCUGCAUCGUUUGAAAUUAGAAUUUUCGCGUGUAUGUCAAGAACGCGAUCAUUUAAAACAACGUCUGCAAAUACGAACGAGCGGAAGUAGUGGUGGUGUAAUUGCUGCUCUAACGAAUGCUACCGAUGGCAGUACACCAGGUGUGAUCACCGUGGGUCAACCGAAUUGUAACGCAGAUGGUCAAAAUUCGCCGGAGUUCUAUCUCUGACGCCAACUAGCUAUUAGUGGACAACAUGCGGCAGCUGCCACUGCAGCGGCCGCAGCAUCCAGCCACCAUCCGCCACAUACGCAACCUUUACAUCCGCACUCACAUCAAUGGUCAUCACGCUACCAUCAGCAUGUGCACCAACCACCAGCAAGCACUGUAGAAAUCUGAAUGCGAUGUCUAGAAUAUUACUAAUAUCUAAUAAUUAGUCCACACCGUAUUUAAUGUAAAGCAUUAAAAUAGUAAAUAUUACUUAAAACUAUUCUGUGACUUUAAUCGACAAAAAAAUCAAUGUUUGUAAGUAAAAUGAACACAAAUGGUUAUUUGAUAGGUCGCUCCGACUGCACCUAAUAACAAAUAUGCAUAUCCCAAAAACCAUUUUCAAAUAUACUAAACUUAAUAUUUUUUAAUCGGAUCAGUUCCUUAGUUCGAAGUGCAAACAAUAUCUUCUGGCUUAAGUUAAGCAGAAAGUGGUCGUAAAAUUAUGACUUUUGUUUUUCACGCCAUUAAGAUUAUUAUAUUAAGAGCUCUUAGAUAAAUUCAUUCAUAAACGUUUGACAAUAAAAUAAUAAGUGUUGUGUUAAAUUCGUAGUUAUGGUAUUCCAUAUGUACGUAAAUAUGUACGCAUAGGAUAAUUGGUAAAUCACUAGGAGUGAAUAAUAAUAUAUAGUAAACAAUUAUGCAUGUGCUCCAGCUUAUUUUUAAAGCUCUGCACCAUAUUUGGCAAUUAUCAAAUUAAUGUAUCUAUAUAUUAAUUGAGUUUAAGACUUUAAAAUGGCUAUUGAAAAUUAUGUUUCAAUAUGAGUAAGCAUGUACAUACAUAUAUAUAUAUAUUGUGAUCAUUUAUUUUGCUAUUUUAUUUUUUUUAUAUGUGUUUAAAAAAACACUUUGUGUAAAGUAUAAUAACGAAUAAAAAUAAGUGGUGUUAAUUUAAAAAUUGGAAUUUUUUAAUUUUAAAAUUCUCUGAGCAAUACUAAACAUGAAAUUAAAAAUUGAUGAAAUUAAUAAUUGAAAGGAUUGGUUUACAGUGAUAAUCCCUCUCCUCUACCUCUCCUUCUGAACAAUAUAUUUUAAUAUACUUGUAACGUGGUGAAACUCGAUCCAACACAAAAAUAUGUAGUUGAUGCUAACUAACAGGUAGAGAAGUCCAAGCGAGAUAUAUAUUGUUUCAUUUUUAUUUUACAUUAUAAUUUAUCUUAUACUUAAAAAUACAUCUUGAAGACGUGAAACUUCGUCUGUGAAUUAUUCCAUUAUUUAAUUAAUUUUGAAAAAUUCUUUCAUAUAACGUCAAUCAUUUUGAAACGAAAUUUCAAAACAAACAAAUGAAACGGAAUUGCAAUUUAAAAUUAACUCAGAAUUCAAAUUGUAGGAAAUUUUUUUAUAUAUUGACCUUAAAUUAAAUAAUUAAAUGGAGAGACAAACGUUGUUCUCAAACUGAAUAAGUUUUUUAUAAAUGCUAUCCUACCUUAUUACGAUGUUAAAAACUAACUCUUUAAAUACACUUGGUGAAAAAUCUUUAUAAUUACCUCUAGGUAUCGCCUAUUCCCAUUGGGCUUAAUUUUUGGAAAUUGGGAUUCCAAAACGUCACUAUUGCCAUUGCAAAACAAAAGGUCUACAAGUUAAAUUUUAAUAUUAUAUAUAAUUUGUAAUUAUAGAUGUAUUACUUUGAGAUAAAUUUUGUAUUAGUAUAACUGUUUGAUUUCAUUAUAGUAAUUUAAACUAAAAUGUUUCAAAUAGAGAACUAUUUGCAAAGAGUACAAGUAUAUUUUUUUUCAAAAUCGUAUUAUACAUAUGAUAACAUUAAGUCUUACAAAUAUUUACAUGUAUAAUUAUUGUUACAUUGUUUUUUGAAUCAAACACGCGCUUGGUUGAUAAGUUAAACAUUUGUAUGUGUACAGCCAUGAAUACAAAUAAAUAGGUAUAUAGAUUAUUUUAUGUACAUGAGUAAACAUUUUGCAUGUAAAGUCAAAUGAUUGUUUUUUCGCAGAUAAAAAAGAUUGUACGUUCUGCCUUAUUUAAUUAUACAGCAGUGCAUUUACUUAUUUAUUUUUGCAUAUGUAUAACUGAGAUGAAUUUUUUUUGUGAAAUUUUAUAUAUAUUUAUUAUAUUAUAUUAUAUUAUAUAUUUAUAUGUUUUAUAUAUGUUUAUUACAAUACAUCAGGGGUUUCUUGUUAUAAAUUCGUAAUUUUAAAUUGUAUGCGAGUAUUUUUUAAGGAAGAACACUGUUACCCCAAUUACUAUCACUUCCAUUUUCCUGCAUCGCAACUUUCGAAAUAGCUUAAUCUGAUGUUCUAUAUCGAUCAUAAAAUGCUCUGGAGAGUUUAAAUCCCUUUAGUGGAAUACUUUUAGUAGGGUUCUUAUAGCAAGAUGUACUGUUCCACCAAAUGUCUGGUUAUUUACAAACUUAAAACCGAUCGCAGAGCCUUCAUAUACCUAAGUUCUCUAUUAAAUACAGGAAGUAACAAGUUUGUCUACUCGGACUACUAUUGUAGUAUUGCAAGAAUAGUUAUUUAACUUAUUAGAUUGCUUAAGUUUUGAUUUUAAAUCUUUAGUUUGAAAAUAUUGAUACUUCUCCUACGUUCUGUUUUAUACUUGUAAUGUUGGGCCGGCUUCCAAGUGAUUAAGCCAAUUUACUGCCCGGCUUAUUUGUUUUACAUAAGAGAUGAGAUUUGAUUCAUUUACUAUAUUACUUUGAUAUUUUGCCAUUUUUUAAUUAUUUUCUACCGGAAAUUGUUCACCCUCUUCAUCUUUGCAAACGACACGAAUGUUUCAAAGAAUUUAGGAAAAUUUUUCUUAAUGCUGUUACAGCGGUAAACAAAUAGCACUAGAUCGAAAGCUACCUUUAGACGUGUAAUGAUUUCGGAAAGCGUAAUAUGGAUUCUGUCUGCUAGUUUAACGGUUGUUCCUUAAUGGACUUUAAGCUGUCGUAUUAAUUAAUUUAUUGCCAAUUAUGGCUAUAGCGAGAUGUUUUAGGAUUAUACAUAGGAUAUUUAUAUCACCUAUAUGAAAAUUACAUAUUUUACUACUGAGUUUUUGAGUUUUAUCAUCUAGUGUUUGUUGAAAUAGAGAGAGUACGUUUUAUGUCUAAACAAGAGACCACUGAUUAUAGACCUAAAAUACAGUGCAUGUAAACAAACUCAUAAUUUCUUAGUUUCCAUGCAUUCUAGUUUAUUUACCACCCAGUGUGUGGCUAACAACAUAAAUAAAACUUAUAUUCUCAGAAUGACAAAAAAUCGUCGACUCAAAAAUACGUUGUUAAUAUAAUAAUAUGUUUCUACCCUGAUUUAGAAAAUAGAGUACAAACACUCAUUAAUAAAAGUCUGUAUUAUUCUGACUAAGUAACUAUUGGCACAUCGAAAUAGAAUGGUAUUAAUAUGUCGUUACUAUUUUCGAAUUUAAAGUUUUUCAAGGAAUUUAACCGUACUACCCUUAAAGCUCUUAUAUGCAUUUCAUAGUUUUUGAAACCACUCUUUUUUCUUGUAUUAGCUCUUAAGUUAAAUUCAUUAUCAUAUACAUUUCGAAUGCGAAAGACGUUAAGGUGCAAGAAUCGUUUUUCUUAUUUCAAUAAUAAAGCAUUAUAGACGGUUCAGAUCUUUGUUAAUGGCUUAUGAAACGUGUUUGGUCCAGCUUAACAUUGUUGUAAUGGUUAUAUUCAUACAUAAAAUUUCAACUUCUUAUGCGCUUGCAAAAUGAUGCUACAGAGUAUGAUAGUUUUGUUCAUCUAUUUUGUUCAUGUAUCAGUCAAAACUAAUCGCGUUGGAUAUAGGGUUAUAUACUUGUAUAUAUAAAUGAUCAGGAUGAAGAGACGAGUUGAAAUCCGGGUGACUGUCUGUCCGUCCGUCCGUCCGCAUGUGCAUGCUGUAACUUGAGUAAAAAUUUAGAUAUCGUAAUGAAACUUAGUACACAUGUUUCUUGGCACCGGUAUUGUAGAUGGGCGUAAUCGGAUCACUGCCACGCCCACAAAACCCCAUUAAUCGAAAACCAAUAGGUUGCCAUAACUAAGCUCCACAAUAAGAUACAAGACUGUUAUUUGGUAUAACAAAUCGCUAAUACUUUAACGAAAUUCACUCAGCGCAAAUCUUUUUAGUGCCCUACCGACAGGGUGAAAAUGGGUGAAUUCGGGUGAACUCCCGCCCACUCUCCAUAACGGUUUUGAUAAAAACUACUAAAAGUGCGAUAACUUAUUUCAUAAACAAGUCAUAGACUUUAAAUUUUACACAUAUGAUAAUACAAUGAAGCUUUAAAGGAGCCAAUGCAAACAUUAGACAAUGGGCGUGACACCGGCCACCUUUUGACCGAUUUUAACAAAGCUUGGUAGGCAACAUUACACAACUUAAAUUUUAAUGCCAUCUGAUUUUUUUGACAUACAAAUCAAGCAUUAAUAAAUAUUGACAUAUAACUGUACAAAAGUUGACAUAUAACUGUACAAAAAGAGUGCAUAUGUCAUCUGAAGUCUAAAAAUUGUCAAAAUCGAGAAAUAAGUGUCGAUGGUUGACUUUUUACCGAAAUUAUCAUUCAAUGUUUGAGAUAUAUAAUUGGAAUUUGGAGAGAAUCUUUUUUUGAUAAUACAGUACUUCUCUUAGCCCCACAUACCUAAUAGAAAGAUUGGCUAUAAAGGGUGAUUCAUUUGGGGGUUUCCUACUUUUUUAAAGAAAAAAACGCAGAAAACUCAAAUUUAUUGGGGAAUGUUUAUUAUCAUUGGAAAGAACAUUCUUUGGCAUUUAUUUUUUUAGAAUUAUCUCUUUCAAAUGUUGUCUGCGUCUACGUCUCAGAAGGUCUAUCCAUUGAGUCCAAUUUUCAACGAUUCAUUCGAGCAUUUCGACUGGUAAGGCAAGGCCUCAAUCAAAGUGGGAUUAUUCGCAAAGAUUUACACUUAACAUAUACACAGGAAAAAGUCUAACGAUGUGAUAUGACACGAUCUUGGUGGCCAAUCUCUCUCAAUAAAUCCUUUGAUUGAUGUGAUGUGUCUGAAGUGUCGCCAUCUUGUUCAAACCACAUGUCACUGAAAUCACGAGGUUGAAUUUCAGGCAUCAGUAGUCGGUUAUCAUGACGCGAUAACGGUCGCCAUUGACGGUUACGGCCGGCAUAAUUUUUAAAGAAAUAUGGACCGAUGAUUCCACCGACCCACAACCCACACCAAACCUUGCUUUUUUCUGGGUGAAAUGGCAGCUCUUGAAUCUCUUCAGGUUGUUCUUCGUCCCAACUACGACAAUUUUGCUUGUUUACAUACAAAUUGAGCCAGAAAUUGGCCCCAUCGCUGACCCAAAUUUGGCUCGAAAACGUCGGAUCUUCUUUGAACUUUUCAGGAGCCCAUAGAGCAAAGCGAUGUCAUUUGGGAAGGUCGAGCAACUUCAGUUCUUGCACAAGGUAUAUUUUGUAUGAUUUCAAUUUAAGAUAUCGAUGCAAAAUGCGUCAAAUCGUUCCAUACGUCAGUCCGAGUUGCUGGGAACGGCGCCGAAUCGACUCUCCUCGGUCUUCGUGUACACUCUCAGCUACAGCCGCUAUAUUUUCUUCUCUGCGUGCUGGACGUGGCCUAUUCGGUCGAAUAUUAUCCAAUAAUAAAUGCUGGGUCUCAAGAUGGGUGACAGUGUUGGGAAUAGUACGCUUAGUAGGCCGAUUAUGUUGGCCAUAAAUUGAGCGAAGCGCUCGAAUUCGUGAAUUAUUGUAAUAAAGUUGAACAUUUUGUAAACUUUGUUCAGAUGUAAGUUUUUCCGUGAUAAAAUGCCAAACAAAACUGAAUAAAAAUAACAUGACAGCUUGACACGACUAAUGCGUGAUCUGUCAAGGAAAGGCUAUUAAAAAAGUACCGCUACUUAGAACACCCGUUACAAUACUCUAACGCCGAAACAAUGUGAAUUUUUCAUAUACUACAUACGUACAUAAAAUGAUUUUGUUUUGUUUUUUCAAACCUUAUGCCGAAAUCGGUCAGUGUGUGAGUUAUUUAUUUAUAAAAUUUAUUGAAAUUAUGUUCUCGAGUAUACAUUAACAAUUUCAAAGGUUAAUGCAACAAGCUUUCUCUGACCCCAAUAUUCCCUGUAGAGUGAUUUCUUUUCAACUGACUUAAACCAUUUAGGUGAGUCAAAAUGUUUUAUAUUUAUUAAUUGGACAAGUUUUCUUAAAAAUUAUAAAAUUAUAUUAAUGAUUUAGCGCUGAGUUUGUCAGAAUUUGGUGGAAACCUUGGUAUAAACCUCAUAUUACUAAUAUAAUGAAUUUCCAUCCUCUGAUUUACGUUUUCCACAUUAUCUCAAUAUAUUAAAUUUAGCCUCUUGGUUGAGUUUAUAUUACAUAUAUCCUAUUUGAAGACAAUUUUCGCUGACGGAAAGUAAAAUACAGUUACAAAACUAAGUGAGACUAUGACCUAUAACAUAACUUAUUAAAAAUACCAAAUUUUAUUGAAAUCCAUUUAAGAUUUAUUCGAAUAAUUAAUGCUGACUUCUUUCUCAAGAUUUUUUUUUUAAUUAAAAUUUUGCCACAUCUGAAGGUAUUUCCCCUGCUUUCAGCCUUGCAAGUUGCAGGAGUAUUAAAUAUUCGCUUACACCCGAACUUUUUUUUCCUUUAAAUUAUCCUACUUUUCAUGUCAAGCCAAGAUGUAUAACACACGGGAUCUUGUCAACUUACUUCCCAAUCAUUUAUUAUUCGAAAAGUUCGUGAACGUAAACGAUCUGUGUUUCACAUAGUAUAUAUUUUGAUUGCUGCCGAAAAUUUUAAUUUUAAAUAACUAUAUCAUCCUUUAAUUAUUUUAGUAAUUCAAUACCUUUGAAUAUUUGUUAAUAACUGGUCCAUGUACAACUGAUGCUUGAUUUUAUAAUGCCUCAACCACAAAUUCCUAAAAGUAUUAAUAUAAUAGUAUGUAUCAUAUGUGGAAAUGUAUUGAUUACAUUUUCAAGGUUGUAGUAAGUUAAUUGUGUCAGAUAUUUAUUUUAUACAUUGUAUGUGUCUAGGUAUGAUAGUUUUUUAACCUACAACAUUAAAAAGAAUUGUAAAUAUUAUAUUUAAGAGCGUUUGAGAUGAUGUUAAAUUUACUUAAUAAAGAAAGUAAUUAAACGUUUGCAGAGUUAUCAGUAUAAGAACAGAAAAAACUAAUUUAUUUUAAUUAAUUCAGGUAUAAAUUAUAUAUACUUUUGUAAAUACUUUAUAGUCGAAUUUUAAAAUGUCAUUAUAUAAAAUACAGGUUACUGAUUAUUUAUCCAUAAAUACUAGACAUAUCUCUUAAAGCAAUGCCCUUAGAUACCACAUUUCAUAAUCAUGAAUGAGGAAUUGUUUUUAGUAAAAAAAUAUGUUAAGUUUUGAUGACACAAAGCGUUAGAUAUUUAUAUAAGUGGCGUCCAAACUUCAGUAUAUGGAGUUGAAGCAGAGCAUUGGAAUUUUAGAACGUUUCAAAACCAAAAUUAACAAUGAUAUUUCACGAAAAUUGUUGUAGCAAAAUGAGUGCAGAGAAGUAGUAAGCCUCUUCAACAGCUAGAAAGUUCGUGGUGACACUCUGGUGACAAAUGCUGAUAAUUAUCGAGCGAAAUGCAUGUGCGGUCAAGGUGAUCACGGCCUGGUGAAAUCGAGCAUCGAGUCUUAAACUCAUAUUAUGAGUUGGGUAGCACUGCCAUUGUAUAAAGACAAAGAUUCAGGGGAAGACACUUUUCCUUUUGAUGCUUUAUCCGUUUUAUUUUUUGCAUUAUAAUUUAAGUCCACACCCAAUCAAGUCCACAAAUCACACUUGCCACAUUUUCAAUGAUAUAUUUAAUAAUUAGAUACAAAAUUUCAGACAAACGACAACGGAUUGAAUUUGUUAUGGACAAAAUAUUACUAUAGAUUUGUUAAGUCUCCCAAAGCUAUAUUCAUUCAUCGUAUCAUUUAUUUAAAUUAGUAGUUUGUUAAGUGUGUAUUUUGUGAAAUACAAUACGACUGCAAUCUUACCAUCUCACUCAAACUUCAAACGAAUAAAAAAACAAACAAAAAAUAUGUUAACUUUA